UAGUUUGGGUGGCAGGCGUUGUGGUAGUGCUGACAUAGACUCUCAACUCAACUCUUCUCUUCUCUUCUUCUUCUUCUCUUUCUCUUCUCUGAUCAUCAUCACUCUCUAUCUCUAUUCAUUCUUCUUCCAAAUUGAAAACUGCGUUGCCUUCUGAAUCUGGUUUCCGAUGGCGCCCCCUGUUUCUGCGGCGCACAACAAAACCCUGAUUCUCUGACUCACAAUCUCACUCUGUUUUGCUAUUUUCGGAUUUGGGUAUCAAAGGAACAAGAUGAGCUGGCGAAGGGUGUUGAAGUCAGUGCAGGCACUCGCUGCACACACUUUUCUCUUCUGCUUCACUCUCUUGCUCCUUCUCAAGCUCGAUCAUCAACUCUCUUCCUCUUGGUGGACAAUAUUUUCACCUCUUUGGAUGUUCCAUGCCGUUGUCGCUCGAGGAAGGUUUUCAUUACCUGCACCAUCAGCUCCACGUAAUCGACAUUGGGCACCAUGCCAUACGGUCGUCGCAACCCCAUUGCUUAUUGCAUUUGAAUUGCUCCUUUGUAUAUAUCUUGAGAGCUUAUAUGUUCGUGGCUUUGCAGCAGUCAAUCUGAAGAUUGUGUUCCUUCCCUUACUAACAUUUGAAAUCAUUAUUCUCAUUGACAAUUUCAGAAUGUGUAGGGCUCUAAUGCCAGGGGAUGAAGAUAGCAUGAGUGAUGAAGCAAUCUGGGAAACUCUUCCUCACUUUUGGAUUGCAAUCUCUAUGGUGUUCUUCAUUGCUGCCACAAUCUUCACCCUCUUAAAACUGAGUGGUGACGUAGGUGCUCUAGGCUGGUGGGACUUAUUUAUUAACUUUGCUAUUGCCGAGUGCUUUGCUUUUCUUGUAUGUACAAAGUGGUCCAAUCCGGUCAUUCAUAGAAAUUCCAGAGAAGCCAGUUCAUCUUCUACUGCAAUUAGAUAUCUUGACUGGAACAGUGGUUUAACACUUUCUUCAGAGGAAAAUCGUGAGGGGAGAAUUUGCAGCCUUCAAGACAUAGGAGGUCAUUUCAUGAAAGUACCAGUUAUUGCAUUCCAGGUUCUUCUUUGCAUGCAUUUAGAGGGAACACCUGCUCGUGCCGUGUAUCUACCUCUUCCAGUUAUUUUCUCUCCCCUUUUCCUACUUCAAGGUGUUGCUGUGGUGUUAUCUGUAUCCAAGUUUGUGGAGAAACUUGUGCUUCUGCUACGAAGUGGAGCUGGUGGAGGAAUAUAUUUUAGAGUUUCUUUGAGAGCUCAGGAUUGUUUGGGAUUCUUGCACCAUGGUUCUAGAUUAUUAGGUUGGUGGUCAAUUGAUGAAGGGAGUCGGGAAGAACAGGCACGAUUGUACCAUGAGGGAGCAUCGGGGUAUAAUACUUUCUGUGGUUAUCCUCCUGAGAUUGUUAAGAAAAUGCCUAAAAAGGAUCUCGCUGAGGAGGUGUGGAGACUCCAGGCAGCUCUUGGUGAGCAGACGGAAAUUAUAAAAUACAGCCAACAGGAGUAUGAAAGACUUAAAAAUGAGAAAGUGUUAUGCAGAAUUUGUUUUGAGGGAGAGAUUAGUGUUGUAUUGCUCCCAUGUAGGCAUCGUGUCCUUUGCAGCACUUGCUCAGAGAAGUGUAAGAAGUGUCCAAUUUGCCGUGACUCUAUAGCAGAGCGCUUGCCCGUAUAUGAUGUCUAGGCGUUAACUUAGUUAACUUCUUACAUAGAAGAAAGGGACUGGAGAAAGUAAAUGUUUUAGUUUUAACAGUUACAGUUUUUGCUUUGAGAUGAAUUUAACACCAACUUGUUCAUUGUCUAAUACCACAUCAAAGGGUAGGAAGAAUAGACUAUAGAGCAUGCAGUUGCUACUUUGGCUUUUCAAUUUGAUUUUGUUUUGCUUUAUCUCCUUUUUGCAAUUUGUAUAUAUAUAUUCUAAACUUAGACUAGAUUCUUACAGGUUCUAAAGAUGAUUGUGAUGAGUGUCAUUAAUAUCUUUUUCUUUUCUUUU